UUCCCUCUUCUGUAGGCCUAUUUGCAUAAGAAGUUGCAAGUUGCUCUCUCUAUAUGCGUCAACAAUAAACUGAGGAGCGUAAGAACCUUGACCUCCUCAUUAUUCUCCGCCUCGAAGUUCAUUGAAAAGCGACAUUGUUUCUCUAAGAUUGCACUUGCAGUCAUCAGCGGGUCUGUCCAUUGUUGGGGGAACAGAAAGAGAGUUGAGGUUGAUAUACGGGGGCCGGAGACCAGUUGCGCAUAUCAUCAGCAGACCAGCUGCAGUGCAGGCAGCAGUAGCCAACAAGUCCUGAACGCAUCCUUCCAGACAUGGGUUGCUAUGACUGCUGUAUGCGCUGUUUGGGUGGGGUGCCAUACUGCUCUCUGGUCGCCACACUGCUGUGUUUCUCUGGCAUUGCCCUCUUCUGCGGUUGUGGGCACCAGGCACUCACAGAGACAGAGAGACUCAUCGAGACUUACUUUGCCCGUAACCUUCAGGACUACAUCACCCUCGCCUACAUCAUCCAAUAUUUCCAGUAUGUCAUCUAUGGUUUGGCCUCCUUUUUCUUCCUCUACUGCAUCGUGCUGUUGGCCGAGGGCUUCUACACCACAAGCGCUGCCAAGCAAACCUUUGGAGAGUUCAGGAGCACCAUGUGUGGCCGAUGCCUCAGCUCCUCGUUUAUUGUGAUGACAUACAUACUGGCUGUGCUGUGGCUGUUGGUGUUUGCCUUCUCCGCCCUGCCUGUCUACUUCUUCUAUAACAUGGAUGCCACCUGCCACACCAUUGAUGUUCUGACCGAGACCCCAGCGAGUAUCAACCAGCUUUGUGUUGAUGCAAGACAAUACGGGCUCCUGCCAUGGAAUGCAGUGCCAGGCAAAGCUUGUGGUAUGACUCUGUCCACUGUUUGCAAGACCAGAGAGUACCGAAUGACCUAUGACCUCUACAUUGCUGCCUUCGCCGGUGCAGGCAUCACUCUCUUGGCUCUGCUGACCUAUACUGUGUCAACCACCUAUAACUUUGCGGUUCUUCGGUAUCUGGGGAGAAAGGGCAUAGGUGCACGGUGUUAGGCUCACCAGCUUCCUGUCUGCUCUAUCACUACUUCACCACCAACAUGGGGAUUUAAAGGGACUGCAACAAUUCUCUCCUCCCACAUCAUCUGCACAGAACCACCUCUGGUCACAGACUCUUAAAAAUGUUGUCUUUGUAUUUUUACUUCACUUGUUGGAAAGAAUAUUAUUGUUUAUUGUUUUAUGUGUGUGAGGUGCGUCUGCUGCAUGUACAUGCAGUGAGUCUUAAUCAGUAUUUCCUAUGCCAUGUCACCAAAAUAUUUGUAAAUUAUUCCUCUUGUUGCUUGCUGACGUUCGUGUCUAAAAUUCAUUUCUGCUUCCCGUCGCACUCAAAAUACAAAUAACACAGUAUUAAUAAAUUAACAUGUAAGAAAUAACCACCAAUCUGCGACACAUGUGCUGCUAGAAUGCAGCUGUUGCAGAGAAUAGGGAUUAUAGGUUACCAUGGCUGCCAUCCUUCACAUCUGGUCGCCAUGGUGGCAGACAAGCGCGCAUUUGCAGUCUCACGCUGACCUCAGGACUUUUCUCACGGGCUGGAGAAAAGCCUCAACAAUGGAGUCAUGCCUGUUUUAAAAGCUAGCCAAUAAGGAGCCAGUUGUUGGGGCCACCGGCGCUACGGGUCUCUGCUAAGGGUUAUAUUACAUGUCAAGGGAGAGGUUCGUCCAGACAAAGAGAGGGUUAGACCUCUCUAAAGCCUCAAUGCAGCUCUUCUGGGACAGCAACCACACACACACACACACACACACACACACACACAUCCACAUGCUGCUGCAUGACCCCCACCUCCCUCUCAAUAAUUGAAGUGAUGGAGUCAGACAGAGUGAGGGGGACUGAAGGAAUUUAAAAUGCAUUUUGAAUAGUUUCUUUCUGACAAAGGGACAUACUUGUUUAGUUUUGAUCUAGAAAGGUCUAAAAUCAUUUCUCAUAAUUUUGAGAUGGCAAAAGCACUAGGUGCUAACUUAUCGAGUGACCUCGUAUUAUUAGACUUUAAACACAUUGUUGAGGUGCGACUCCCCCCUGCUGUUAAUGCAUGACUGAGGUACUUUUAUAGAGAUAGGACAGCUUUGUUUUGUCUCUUAUUCUUUAGGAAUUUUGUUGUAGUUAUUGUAUAACACAUCUUUUUACUUACCGUAGCUGAAUUUACUACCACUUUUACACUUUGGGUAUUACUAACAAACACCUUUGCAGCAUAAUAGGUAGAUUAUUCCAUUUGGUGUAAGCUUUACCCAGCUCUGAGUGGUGGAUUUGUCAAAUGGCAGCUGGCUGUUUGAUGAUUUUUUUUUUUUUGU